AUUAUUUCGGGAGCACUGGUUGUGUGUGUUGUCGGUGCAGAGCAGAAAAAAAAGUUUAGCUUCUUUUCACGCACGGUGGAAACGUAAAUAAACGCAGCGAGAACGAAAACGAAACACAAAAGCCCCACUAAAAAACCUAGCUCGAGCCCGCAUCGCGAUGGCUGCCGGCUGCAGCAAAUCCUUCACCUCCAAGUACGAGGAAGAAAAGUACUACGAUCUGGAGUAUGAGGAGUUUUGCAAGAGCUUUGCAUUUUCCAACUCAUCGACCUGUUGGAUUUGCAACGGGUACUACGGGCCGAACUAUGAGGAACCGCUGUGCGGCACGUGCCAUUCGUUCAUCUUUCCCAACCACCCGCAAGACGAGGCGGAGGGCAUGGUCACGGAGGUGUCGGACGACGAAGAUUCGGGCAACGACGAGCCGCCCGAGAAUGGGUCGGAAGCGAAGGACCGUUCCGACGGCGAUCCGGACUACGACGAUCUGGAUCGACCGCGACCGUCGGCACCGCGCAACGUGAACCAGUAUCUGGAGAUGCUGUCCCAGCCGCGCGAAGCGGACGACGAAUCGCAGCGCCAAAUCUGCGCCCUGCCGGUCGAGGUGCUGCUGUCGAUCUUCUCCUACCUGGACGAUCUGUCCCUGUGGAACGCGAGCGAGGUGUGCAAGCAGUGGAAGCGGAUACUGGAGGUGCACAUCCCGCAGCAGAUGUGGAAAAAGUACACCAAGGAGCGGUGGCCACUGUUUCAGCAGAUCUCGACCAUUCCCAACUGGCUGCAUAUGUACGGUGCACUGAUGAACUCCUGCUUCUGCCGCACCUGCUUGAUACACAUGGCGCACAAGGCGCCGAUGCGUGGCCGGGUCAACCAUAUCCGCGCGAACCGGCUCCGCAACGACAUACGGUCGCUCGAUCUGGACGCGACCGAGGGCAUCGAUGCGGUGGCGCUCGACAAUCAACUGUUUCACUGGCAGGCAUCGAUCCUGGGCCCGGCCGGCAGUCCGUACGAGGGCGGGAAGUUUUUCCUGUACAUCGUCAUACCCUGCUCGUACCCGAUGCUGCCGCCCCAGGUGCGGUUUCUCACCAAAAUCGUACACCCGAACGUAUCGCGCCACGGGGACGUCGGGAUCGAUAUCAUCCAGCACAACUGGUCGCUGGCACUGACCAUUUCGAAGCUGCUGCUGUCGGUGCAGAGUCUGCUGACCGAUCCCUUCACACAGAUUUGCAUGGAACCCGAGCUUGGCCGGAUGUACGAGAACGAUAGACCGAAGUUUGAAGCACUCGCACGCCGCUGGACGUGGAAGUAUGCCAUGUACGAGGUGUUACCACCGGUCGAUGGAUUCAUAUAGACACGCCAAUUGGAGGGAGAGAAGCGCCGAAGCACUCCCAUACUAGACUAUCACUAUCUUACACUACUGUACAGUUGUAUACCCCUGUCUAACUUAAUCCCUAGGUGUAAUUUUAGGUUACUUUACAUGCGUGUUGUGCUUUAUCGAAACCGGCCACCGCUUUCGAUGUGAUGAUAAUUGGACAGUCAGGAAUUGUUUUCUGAGCGAAACAGUAGGACAACUUUGCGAGCACUGAAGCUCAGUUUUGGCUCAUUUUCAUCCUUAUUAAGACUUAGUUUAGUGUAGUGUAUGUGAAAAUGGCUGUACGGUAUGGUCAUAACUGAAUAAUAAGCAGAUCUUGAAACCCCCUUCUUUUGCCAUAUUUAAAAUAGGUUAAGCUCCCUUCGUCGCAAUACCGUGGAAAAUGCUCUUACUUUCCCUUAAAACGUAUUUAAUGUCCAUGACCAAACUAAACCUCCCCACAGGUCCAACUCAAUUCUGUUUGGUAAACCACAUAAGCACAAAAACUUGAUCCUCAAACGGAGAGCAUUAUGUAUAAUGGAAGGACUACCAUUGUGAAGUACCGUUACAGUGGCAGGGAAAAUGCAGUCAUUUGAAGGUAAAAGAAUGUGUGUUGAGCCUGAGAGGAGCGGGCGGGAAACAUCACAUUGAUUAGAGUUACAAUAAUUUCGAUCAUUAGAUGUAUUAGAAGCCCAUUUUGGAAGAAUUCCCAAUUAAAAUGCGCAACUUGUAGUGUGCAUUUUUUGAUAAUAAAUAGAUCUAGGAAAGUCCAAUAUCUCUCU